AUGGUCACUCCGCGCUUGAUGCGCCUCCCAGAGGAGUUGACAACUCGAGAUUAUGCUCCAAAGUUUUACGGUGUGGCAAAAGCAAUAGCCAAGAAUAAGGAGAAGGCAGUGGUCAUGCUAUCUCGCCAAACUGGCUACAAGGCAUUGCUGGAGAUACUACAGAAGACUGGGAAGAAGCGUGGCUUCAAAGUGGCAACACUCAAGGAACUGAGUGACUUCAAUGAUGCCAGAAGAAAUCUUCGUGGCGAGCGAUUUCGUGUCAUGCUAGCCGAGACCUCUCAGGCUGGAGAAGGAAUCCAGUUCAAGCACGUGCGGCGCCUUCACCUUGUGGAAGUUCCUGUGAGGCACUCCGAAUUGGUGCAGCGCGCAUCACGGUGUGUUCGCAUGGGUGGCCAUGAGGCAGUUGAAGUUCAUUUGACUCAGCUGCCGGGCUUUUUGAGGAAGGGUCCAAGCUCUUUUAUUUACAGAGAGCUCCUCAACGCGAGGGAGGUCAUGUCAAUCCCUGGCUCACGACUUGAGGAAGCCACAGCUGCAUGCAUGAAGGAGCUCAAGAAACGGGAGGUCAAGAACUUGCUCGACUUUCGAAAGGUUCUUCAGGCUGAUGGAGGUGAGAAUCUCAUUGAACUUCUUACUGAGACUGUCUUGGAGAUUCUGGGCAACACCAAUUCAGCUCCUGCACGGCCGUUGGCAGUGUCAAUGUGGCAACUUCGAAAGCGGAAUGAUGAUCUAGUGGCGUUGGAGAAGAAUCUCUUGAAGCAGGCUACUGUGAAAACCGCAGACCAUCUUUUGUUGGAACGCCUCGUUGACAAGGCAGCGACGGCCAGUCCUGUGUGCAGAUGCGAAAAGACUUGA